AUGCCGCGGCUUUCAGUUCUACCUGACGAGAUUGGGCAUUUGUCAAAGCUCCAGACACUCGUGCUAGACCUGAAGGAGCUCACAAUGCUUCCUGAUUCCAUUGCUCUGCUUACCACGCUCCAAGAGCUCGCCUUAGAUAAUCUCUACAACCUGCCGUCCCUGCCCGCGGACUUGGGGAAGCUGAAUGCUCUUGAAAAGCUGCGCCUGAACAGCCUUCGCCAGCUCACACGCCUGCCUGAAUCUUUCGGGCAGAUGACGGCUCUCCAGGAGCUGAAAAUUCUGGAGUGCUGGCUGCUGCAGCAACUUCCGGACUCCCUAUCCCAGCUAUCUUCUCUCGAGCAUCUGGAGAUUAACAGUUGUCCUAGUUUCAAGGUGCUGCCAGAUGAAAUGGGGAACGGUAUGCAGCGUCUGCGUUAUCUGCAUCUGGAAUUCUGCUCAUCUCUCACCCGUCUCCCUCCAUCCUUCUCCGCCCUGACCUCCCUCGAAACCCUGAAGAUCAUGGAAGCUAAACGCUUCGAAGGCACCUUGCUAGACGGCUUCUGCUGCUUGAAAAGCCUCAAGGAGUUGGUGCUUCAUGACAUGCCACGCCUAUCUGCACUUCCUGCUUCCUUCUCAGGCGUCUUUUCACUCACCAGACUUGAAGUGAUAGGAUGCCCUAAGGUAACGGUCCUGCCCGGGGGGAUCGGACGGCUGGAGGCGCUCGAGGUGGUCAAGAUUGCACGUAUGGACGGUCUGAAACGUCUCCCUGCGUCGCUUGCUGAGCUGCCCCGAGUGCGGGUGUUGGAGGUGCGGGUGUGUGAUGGGGUUGGCGCACUGCUAGGGGAUGAGGUGGUGACUGCGUGCAAGAAGCUGGUUCGGGUGCCAUCUUCUAUCCGGAGAAUGCCAACGUUGCGUGAGUUCGAUAUCAGUGAGUGUCCUUCGCUCCCAUGGCGAGACAGGAGGGGCCUUCGUGGAAGAGAGAACGAGGAGGACGAGGAGGAGGGAGAGGAAGUGGCUGUUGAUGAAGAGGAGGAGGAAGGAGGGGAGGAGGCAGAGGCUGAGGAGGGGGGAGAUGUGGCAGGUGAAGGGGAAGAGGCAGACGGGGAGGAGGAGGGUGCAGAGAGUGGUGGUGAGGACUGGGGGAUCAACCAUGAGUAUGGAUUGGACAGCGAAGAUGACGGGGAUGAUGACGGCUGGAGGGCGAGUGAUGACGACGAGGAGGAAUAA